ACGAGCCACUGGCAAAUGCCAGGGGAGUUGACUGAACGGGCCCCUUGAAUGGCUUCCAAACAUUGAUUAUGCGGUAACGGUUCUUCAGAAAUUCCUCAGCCUCCGCUUUAUCUGGAACAUAGAGUCUAUCACUCCAUAUCUAUUGCUAUCCUUUUUUUAUUCUGUUGAAAGACCAAGUUAACCGAUUCAAAUCAACCGGCUGUACUUACUCCUCGAGAUGACCGGGCCAAUUGAAACCAUCACACCUGCAAGUGAUACGAAUCUGGCAGAGUCUCCAGCCCCAAACGGCGCAUCGUCUUCAAGCACGCCCUGCCUUCAAUGUGGAGGAGAGAAAGUGAAACAGAAUGGCUGAGGUUUAUUCUCGGCGGCUCCAGGUGCAAGAACGACCCACCCAGCAGGUCGCCCAGGUAAUUAAUACAAUUCUCAACCCUGAAGGGGUAGCUGUGAUUGUGGAAUGUGCCCAUAUGUGUAUGGCCAUGAGAGGGGUGCAGAAGCCACGGGCAACGACCAUCACCCAGUCGAAAAUCGGGGUUUUCCAGGAGGACAGGGCAGUAGAUGACCGAUUUCAUUCCUUGGCUGCCUCUUACGCACUCGUUCGGAUCACGGGGGAAUGGUGGACCUCUCGGUGGGCAUCAAAGUUUACAAAGGAUCAAGGCUGAGCCCAGAUGUCGCUCACUGCCCAUCUCUAGCAGAAAUCGACCGGUUUCCUUCCCACUAUCUUAGCCACACCUGCACUAUCCGGCGAUCUCUCGUCGACUACGACAACCCAUAGCGCUGAGU